UCACAAAGCCCAUUUCUUUUUGUGGUUUCUGAGAUAUUCUAUGGUGUUGGUUCUGUGUUUUCUUCAAUUAUUUUGGAAAACCCAGAAAGCAAAAUUCAUGGUCUUAGUGUUUAAAUUUUGUGGUUCAUAGAGAUUAUAUCCAUUCUGCUAUCUCAGGACUUCUUCCUUUUGGAUUUGAAAAGAGGACAAACUUUCCUCUUCCACUUUCUUUCAGAAGCCAAAUCCAGUUAUGUAUCGGCAUUUUUAGUGAAAUGGUUAGUGGUUACUAUUAGUAAUGGUGUUGUUGAUGAAAAACAAUGGAAAACUUAGUGCAUUAAACGUACUAAGCAGAUUUUCCUAUUUUUGUUGUUGUAUAGGUUCAUGAUCUGCAAGUUCAUUGGUGAAUGGUUACUGGUUGGGUUAAUAUAUAAUAUGAAAUAGUAGCCUGAUAUUUUGGUGGUUGUGACUUUUGACAAGUAUAUAUAUGACAUGUACUACAUCUCCUUUGUGUUGAACCAAAUUCUCACAGUGUUGAACCCGCAAUGGCAAUUGUGCCAAUCACAGCCGCUGGUGCUCCCGGUGCUGUUUCUGGAGCACUAGUUACUCCAGGAUAUCGGGAUGGUGCUCAAUCACAGCUUUGGUUACAAGUUAGUAUACUUCCCUAUAUUACAAAUUCAACUUGCUUGCUUUCUUAUCACCGUUUUCUAUAGCCUUUGAAUUAGUUUUUUGAAGCUUAGAAGUUGGUUUGCAUUCUAUUUCGAAAAUUGAUAUUUGAUAUGCAAUUCAUAAGUCUUCAAUAGGAUUUGUGUAGCUGUUAUACAUAAUGACAGGAGGAGUGUUAUGUGAUAUUCCACAAAUAUGUUGAGCUCUAUCAAUGUAGUUGACUGAUCACAUAUGUUUUUUUUGGGUCUUAAAGAAAGCUGGACUUGGAGCAUCUUUUGCCAGCUCCUAUUGGUUUUGUUGACAGCAAGACACAAGUUACUCGGUGGGAAGAGGGGAAUGGUGUUGGUAAGAUGGGCCGUUUUGGCUCUAUCUUGUGCCCCAUUUGGAUGGUAAGAUGGGCAGAGUUUCUAAUUCUGUGUCCUCUGAAAAAAAAAUGCAAAAAAAAGGCACUGCCUAAUUGAGUUUUUUGGUUUACAAAUUUGUUUAGUUUGUUAUAUGAUGGUGACCAUCUGAUAAUGGCCUUGAUUUAUAUAUUGGUUCAGGCACAUAACUUAGCUGUCUCAAUUUCCUGUUAAGAUUAUAUAUCAUUUAUAAGCUGGAAUUUAUUACAUGUUGGUAUAAGACACAGAGGCCGAAGUUGGUAUUGAUAGGACACAGAGGAAAUGGAACGAACAUGUUGCAGUCCUCUGAUAUCAUAAUGAGAGGAAUCAAAGGGAACUCAAUCCUCUCCUUCAAUACUGCUGCUCAAUUCCCAAUUGAUUUUGUUGAGUUCGACGUUCAGGUGACCAAAGAUGACUGUCCAGUAAUUUUCCAUGACAGCUUUAUCGUCAGCGAGGACAAGGUGAUAUCUUGUGUGGAAUUUGGUUUCAAGAUGUUUUCAUUGAGAAGAGAGUUACAGACCUUAAGCUACCAGAAUUUCUUUCCUAUAGACCCCGGAAACAGCUUGGAGAGGUCAUCAUCAAUGUUGAUUUGUUUGUUUUCAUAUUGAUUUUUUUGUAUCUGUGGAUUUUUUGUGGAAUUGAAGUUUGAUGAUCACAUAGUCUACAAAGAGAGACAGCUCAAGCAUGUUCUUCAAGUAAUCUUGCAGGUAACAAUGCUUAUUUUAUAGUCUAUAUAUGUGUAAUAGUUGUUGUCUUAAGGUUUACUGGUAGAACACAAAUCGAAAUUGGGUACUUCAACCUCUUUCUUCUACAAUGUACAA